CUCUUCUGAAAACCAUCAAGACACGUGUUUAUGAUUAUGGUGUCAGCGAAAUCAGCCGCUGAUUUUCUUGUUUAAUUAGCACAUUCACCCUACAUCUACGGGAGGUUGAUUUUGCUGUCCCUUUCGAACGCUUCAUAAGCGAACUUUAAUCCAAAAGAGUUAAAAGAGGUAGCAAUACAUACAUCACGAUGGGUAAAUCGGUACCAGUGAAGAAAAUGAAGGUCAAGGAGGGAUUCAACCGAUCGCGCCACAGCAUGAACCCUGACCGCCCAAAAGAGGGUCUGAAAGGUGUUGCUAAACCAAGAGACAAAUCCACCAUCAAAAGACUGCAAAUGUACAGAAACUUUAAAGCUAAACGAAACAGGCAUGGCAAAAUUGUUCGUGAUGCACCUUUCCAGGGAAGACUACCCUCUGGAACAAUGGCUAGGGUUGAACCAAGUCAAAUGUGGUUUGGAAACUCGAGGGUUGUUACGCAGUCUGCAUUGCAAACCUUUCAAAAAGAGCUUGGAGCAGUGAUGAAAAACCCUUAUCAAAUGGUUAUAAAGCCAACGACCUUGCCUGUCAGCCUGCUGAGUGACAGUAAGAAGGAAAGCCGAGUGCACGUAUUGGACACUCAGAGCUUUGAAAGUGUGUUCGGACCAAAGAAAACUCGAAAGCGAGCCAGUAUGACGCAUGGUGACCUGGACACUAUGGUAGCGGCCGCCAAUGAAGUCAAUCAAAAGUAUGAAGUGGAGAAGAAGGAACAAGAUUAUGAUCUGUUGAAGGACGAAGUCAAUGCGGUCAAAAACUCGGCAAGAGAUUGGAUUAUGGGAGCUGGACAGAGCAAGAGAAUUUGGAAUGAACUGUACAAGGUUAUUGAUUCAUCAGAUGUCAUCCUCCAGGUUUUGGAUGCUAGAGAUCCAGCCGGAACCAGGAGUAACCACAUUGAAAAUUUUUUGAAGAAAGAAAAGCCACACAAGCAUUUGGUCUUCGUCUUGAAUAAGGUGGAUCUGGUGCCAACCUGGGUGACCCAGCGGUGGGUGGCCCUGCUCAGCAGCGAAUAUCCGACAGUUGCUUUCCACGCUUCUCUUAACCACUCAUUCGGCAAAGGCACACUGAUCAACCUGCUGAGGCAGUUCUCCAAGCUGCACACUGACAAGAAGCAAAUCAGCGUUGGGCUCAUUGGCUACCCCAACGUUGGCAAAAGCUCUGUUAUCAACACGCUCAGGGCCAAGAAGGUCUGCAAGGUGGCGCCUAUUGCUGGAGAGACGAAGGUGUGGCAGUACAUCACCCUGAUGAGGAGGAUCUACCUCGUGGAUUGCCCUGGGGUUGUGUAUCCCAGUGAGGAAUCAGACGCAGAAAAGGUUCUCAAAGGCGUUGUCAGAGUUGAAAAUGUUCAGGAGCCUGAGAGCUACAUUAACGCCGUCUUGGAAAAGGUUCGCAGGGAGUAUUUGGUCAAAACCUACCAGGUUGACGAAUGGGAAACUGAUGAGCAGUUCCUUGAAGCACUAGCCAGGAAAAUGGGCAAACUGCUCAAGAAAGGAGAGCCUGAUUUAAACGCUGUUGCUCGGAUUGUCUUGAACGACCUUCAAAGAGGCAAACUGCCAUUCUACGUCAUCCCACAAGAUUUUGAGACUCCACGCCUAGUUGAAGAGCAAAAAGAGGGAGAAGCCCCUGAAAUAAAAUCGGAAGAAGUGGAGGCUGAAAAUGCGAAAAAAGAGGAGGGAAAGGAAAAUGAAUCAGUCACUGCCACUCCGAUUCAAGUUUCUCAGGAUCUCAAGAAAAUCAAAAUCGCAAUCGACUUUGACAACGUUUGCGAUGAAGACCCAUCUGCUGAGGUUGCUCCAAAAGUGGACAUUGAUGAAGUAUUGAAGCCUGAAGAUAUGCCGGAAUUGGAGGGCGCGGUAACAGACGAAAAUGAAAGCAGCGACGACGAAGAAGAUGAUGAUGAUGAUGUAGAUGCGACAGAUACAGCUAGUGGAAAGUUUACUGUGUCAUCGGUAGCCAAACGUAAGGCAGAAAGUGGAGAAAACCUCAAAGCUAAGGAACGGAGAGCACUGGAGAGAGCCCAGAAACGAAAGAAGAUUGGUAGCAAUUUCUAUGAAGUUACGAAUGUCAAGAAUAGAAACAGAAAUAAGAUCAAGCCUGGUGCCAGCGAGUUGAGAAAAAAGAAAUAGGACCUAUUUGUUAAUUCUCUAAGUUGGAAAAUUAUAAAUUUAAUUGAAUUUUUAAUUAAAAAAUUAAAA